AUGGGCACGUCCACGCAGUCUCUUGGCAGCCGCAUGGAAAUGGGAUCGCCGCGGCCUCUUCAGGGCCCCUUUUUCAACACCCCAGUCUGGCCUGCAGCUCCAAGCUCCGAAAGGUACCGUAAGCGCCUCAGUACCGUAACAAUCACCCUCCUCUGUCGUUUGCUCUCAAAAACCAUAAAGCUGCGGCCGCAGGUGCCCAGCAGCAACCCGGCCUUGUGCCACGGCCGCACUUCCGGCUCAGUCCCGCUCUAUUCUUUAUUGCCGUCCCAGGCCCGUAAAAGACGCACAUACGCCUCCUUCUUGAGGCUGCCCAUUUCCGGGACCCACUGCAUCGUCGGGGCGACCAUCGGUUUCUCGCUGGUGGCCAAAGGACAGGAGGGAGUCCGGUGGUCUGAGCUGCUGAAAGUCGUGCUGUCCUGGUUCAUCUCCCCGCUUCUUUCUGGCAUAAUGUCUGCUGUCCUGUUCUUCAUCGUUAGGAGGUUUAUUCUUUCCAAGGCAAAUCCUGUUCCGAAUGGAUUACGUGCAUUGCCCGUUUUCUAUGCUUGCACAAUUGGAAUCAAUCUCUUCUCAGUCAUGUAUAGUGGCGCACCUUUGCUGGGCUUUGACAAACUUCCCCUCUGGGGCAUCAUCCUGAUUUCUUCGGGGAGUGCUAUUUUGUGUGCUCUCAUCGUCUGGUUUCUUAUCUGUCCAAGAAUGAAGAAGAAAAUUGAACAAGAGAUAAAGUCCAGCCCUUCUGAGAGUCCGUUAAUGAGGAAAAAGAGCAGUCUGAAAGAACAAGAUGAAACUAAGACAACUAUAGAUAACGGCAUUGCUGAUGAUGAAGAUAGGAGCAAUGCAGCUGAUGUGCCUCCCAAAGCAACUAUUGAGGAAAGGGCUGUCUCUUUCAACUUGGGAGAUGUGGAGGAGAUCCCAGAACGUGAGAAGCUUUCUAAGGUUGAGAUGAAGGAAACAAUUAUUGAUAGUGGAGCCAUGCAGCUUCCCAAUGGGAGUCUUGUUCAGUUGAACCACGUGGUGAGCAACCAGAUGGGCUCCAGUGGACAUUAUCACACUGUGCAUAAGGAUUCUGGGCUGUAUAAGGAGCUCCUUCAUAAACUUCACCUGGCCAAAGUAGGUGACUGCAUGGGAGAUUCCGGAGACAAGCCUCUGCGGCGCAACAACAGCUAUACCUCUUACACCAUGGCUAUCUGCGGCAUGCCUCUGGAUUCAUUCCGAGUGAAAGAGGCUGAACCAAAGGGAGCAGAUGAGAUAGAGAAGCUGACGUGGCCCGGAGUAGAUUCCAAGAAGAGGAUCCGCAUGGACAGCUACACCAGCUACUGUAAUGCUGUGGCAGAUGCCCACCCACCUGACGUGGAUUUGCAGAAAGUGGAGAUGGGGGUUGUUAAUAGGAAGGAUAGUAGUUGCUCUCUGGAUGAGUGGCAUGACCAGGACAAGCCAGAAGUGUCUCUGCUUUUCCAGUUCCUGCAGAUCCUGACCGCCUGCUUUGGCUCCUUUGCUCAUGGAGGAAACGAUGUGAGCAAUGCUAUUGGUCCUCUCGUUGCCCUAUACUUGGUCUAUCAAACGGGUGAUGUGUCUUCCAAGGUGGCCACUCCAAUUUGGCUUUUGCUAUAUGGCGGUGUUGGGAUCUGCACCGGCUUGUGGAUCUGGGGAAGAAGAGUCAUUCAGACCAUGGGGAAGGAUCUCACUCCCAUCACACCUUCAAGUGGCUUCAGCAUUGAGCUGGCAUCUGCUCUGACUGUGGUUAUUGCUUCAAAUAUUGGUUUGCCUAUCAGCACAACUCACUGUAAAGUGGGAUCGGUGGUGUCUGUAGGCUGGCUGCGGUCAAAGAAAGCUGUGGAUUGGCGUCUGUUCCGCAAUAUUUUCCUGGCCUGGUUUGUCACUGUCCCCAUUUCUGGAGUCAUCAGUGCAGCCAUCAUGGCUCUGCUCAAGUACCCUAUCCUGGGAGCAUGAUACAGAUGUGCUGAAAACCUGGUAGCUUUGCUGCACAAGCAUCUUUCUGCAUCUUCUUGCCAAGUGGCUGAAACAGUGUUAGGGUGACUUCACCAAUUCCAAAAAGGGCAGAGUGUCUUUGUGCUGUAUCUGCUUUUAUGCACAACCUCUUUCUUGAAACUAGAAAAGUCCUAGGUCAACAAAUCAUUGUGUCUAUAUUUCUAUACUGUUUGUAUCCGGCUUUAACUUCAUACUUAAUGUUGUCAGAGGUAUCGUUUGUUUUGCAAGCUAAAUACAAACUUUAGUGAGCACAAUGAGGAGAAUGUAAACUAGCAGAAAAUCAGUGUGGUGAAUGCCACUUUUAUAAAUAAAAUCUUUCUAAAUAAAAAAAAAAAGGUUGCCUGGGAUAAAUGUACGGGUGGGGCAAUGAUGGCUUUACAAUAGUUGUAUUCUUGAUAUGAUGUACUUGCAGCUACGCAAUAUAGUUGGAGACCACAAAAAUACUGAACAUAAGUUUAAAUUUGUAUGCAAUUGAAAGGCCUGUUAUGAAGCAGAGAAAGAUUUGGCUAAUAAGUUUUACUUUUUUCUUUUGGAAAGUUGUAGGGUUCUUGUUUGGAGGAACAAGUAAUUUCCAAACAUUCUUUGCUAAGUAAGUGUGUGUGUGUGAGAGUGAGAGAGUAUCUUUAUUUAAUACUUUUUUGGUACCUUCAAGAACUCUUGAAAUACUCGGAUGAAUAAAUAUUUAACAAAUUUUGCAGGAACUGUGUUUGAAAAGUACUGUAUUAUAUAUCUUGUACAGUUCUAAAAAUGAAAUUAAAUAUUUCUGCCCUGUUAAAAGCCACUGGAAUUUUCAUUUAACCUGCAGGUGAUUAGUUGUUGCCUUCUCUUCAAGAACUAAGAACUAUCAUACUGAAUCCAGAUGGAAUUGCCAGGUGAUUUCUGUAUGGUGGGCUUGAUUUAAAAAAUAAAUUGAAGAGGCUGAAA